CAACCAAACCACCCCCACCCUGCCUUGCUCCCUACAGACUACAAGACCCACACAGACAUACAGAGAGAGAGAGAGCGAGAGAGAUCGGGCAUGGCUUUCGCCAAAGAAAGAGAAAACUAUGUCUACGUCGCUAAGCUUGCAGAACAAGCCGAGCGCUAUGAUGAAAUGGUGGAUGCGAUGAAGAAAGUGGCACAUCUUGACGUGGAGCUGAGCGUGGAAGAGCGUAACCUACUCUCCGUCGGGUACAAGAACGUGGUUGGAGCUCGUAGAGCCUCAUGGAGAAUCCUAUCCUCGAUCGAGCAGAAGGAGGAAGCCAAAGGGCACGAUCAGAACGUGAAGCGGAUCAAGGAGUACAGACACAAGGUUGAGUCCGAGCUCUCGAGCAUUUGCAGCGACAUCAUGAGCGUCAUCGACGAGCAUCUCAUCCCCGCGUGCUCGGCCGGAGAGUCCGCCGUGUUUUUUUACAAAAUGAAAGGGGAUUAUUACCGGUAUCUGGCCGAGUUCAAGACUGGUGAUGACAGGAAAGAGGCUGCUGAUCAGUCUAUGAAAGCGUAUCAGACAGCUUCUACCACGGCAGAGGCUGAUUUACCUCCUACUCAUCCCAUCAGACUGGGCUUGGCCUUGAACUUCUCUGUAUUUUAUUAUGAGAUUAUGAACUCUCCUGAAAGGGCAUGUUACCUGGCAAAGCAAGCUUUUGAUGAAGCUAUCUCAGAGUUGGAUAGUUUGAGUGAAGAAUCUUACAAGGACAGCACACUUAUUAUGCAGCUCUUGAGGGACAACCUCACAUUGUGGACUUCUGACAUUCCAGAAAAUGAAGCUGAAGAAGCCCAGAAACCAGACAGCUCUGCUAAAGCAAGUGGAGGUGAAGAUGCAGAGUGAAGUGAAGCAGUCCAUUGCUUGGGGUUAAAAAUGUGUAGACAUGGAGAAAGUUAAUGACUGCUGAACUAUAGGGUGUUAUUCUUCUCUGUGUUUCUGUCUCUCUGGAGAGGAUUUCAAGUUCUAUCAUUUUAUCAUUGUGUGGAUCCUACCUUUGGGAUUGUAGUUUGUCUCAGAUUGUCAAGGUUUUCAAAGGUUUCUUUUGGAGGCCUUCUCUUCAUAUUCUUCUAUUGGAACUGUGACACCAUUUAGACUGAGCUACACUACGAUUUAAUAAUCCUCUUCUUUGUUAUUAUUAUUAUUUAUUUCCAA